CUCCCUCCCGGCAGUGCAUCCCCCAUCCCCCACCCAGUGGCCGUCUCUCUCCGGGUGAAAGCUGUCUUCUCCCAGCGCCACACUAGCCCCCAACAAAACGCUGCCGUACCAGAGCCAGUCCACACCGACCCGAGCACAGCGAGACGACACGGCAGCAGGCACGUACGCACACGGGGGAAAUCUGCGUCUGUCUCUCUUUUGAAGAACUUGUUCGACCGAGUGGCUUUGAUUUGCAUAUCCACUUCCACUCCUUCCUCAUUUGCAUACAGCAAGAAUGGCGAGCGGGCAUCCCACAGACAAAUUCAGUUUCAUGUAUCAACCAGACACGCACAAGAGUAAGAACAGAUUAGCUUCAGCUAUGAAUCCAGUCUACAGCCCCGUUCAGCCUGGCACCCCAUAUGGAAACCCAAAGAACAUGGCUUUUACAGGCUAUCCAGGAGGGUAUCCUACCACGGCUCCCACCUAUACACCCAACCUCUAUCAAACAGGCAGUCCUGGGUAUCCACCAGGAUAUACUCAAGCAGGCACCCCAUACAAAGUGCCACCCACUCAGUCAAAUGGAGCCCCCCCUCCCUACACCCCGACUCCCACCCCAUACCCGACAGCCAUGUACCCCAUCCGCAGUGCCUACCCUCAGCAGAACAUCUACACACAGGGAGCGUACUACACCCAGCCGGUGUAUGCGGCUCAGCCACAUGUGAUCCAUCACACCACUGUGGUGCAGCCCAAUAGUAUCCCCUCCACAGCCCUCUACCCCGCCCCGGUCCCGGUAAAUGCUCCACGCAACAACGGCAUGGCUGCCAUGGGAAUGGUAGCUGGGACAACCAUGGCUAUGAGCGCAGGGACCCUGCUGACAACGCCCCAGCACCCCCAGAUGGGAGCACACCCAGUCACUGUGCCAACCUACAGGCCCCAAGGGACACCUGGGUACAGCUACGUACCACCUCACUGGUAGAGCCCACCUAUCAUAUCUGGAGUCCAACAUCGUAUGCAACUGCUCAAAUCUUACACGGGCUCCCGCUGGUAACCAUGGGAACUCGGCACCUGUCUGCAAGAACAAAAACUAAAGUGCAACAGCCACUUUACUAUUAUUUUUAUUGUAAUUAUGCGACAUUCUCUAACAUUUUUACAGAAGCUGCUUUUUAUUUUUUUUAUUUUUUUCUCCCUCUGUUCAUUUGCCAACCAGUCAUUAUUUUGUUAUGGUUAUUUUAUUACUUUUGCUGUGUCUGUCAUUGGAACUCCAGAAGGACUCUUGACCAAUCACGGGUGUCGGUCACUCCUGUCUCUGUGUUGUGCUGGUGUGUGUGUGUGGACCCGCCUGCUGCCGCUCAGUUGGCCGGAAAAUAUUGGGCACUUACUCCUCGUUAUCAUCUCCAUCGUUCACUACUAAGAUUUACUGACUUAUGCUGCCAAAUUUUCUAACGACUAGAUAUCAGCACAGGGUUUUAACAUAAUUAGGAUUUUUUUUUUUUUUAAAUGUUGGUUACUUUAUUUUUUCCUAUUCUUUCUUUUUACCACACACAACUGAAUUGCUAACUUAAUUUUCCUGUAGACUUUCUCCUACCUUGGUUCUUCCUUCCUCGUCACCCUUUUUUAAAAAUCUGCAUUGCUUAGUUUUUGAUUUAAUCUCAGUCGUCUUCCAGCUGUCUGUCCGGCAGUAGUCUGUAUGUCGUCCCUGUCGUUUUCUUCUCCAUGUGAGUUGCCGUGUCAUCAUGAGCAGAGGGCGUCGACCAUCAGCCACCCUGCUGCGCGUCCCACCUUGUCAAGAUUAGUACACAUUUGAGGAAACAUCACCCACUUCAUGCUACAUACUAUGCAGGCUAGUAUGUCGUGACCCUAUCCGUAUCUUAACCUAGCUAGUGAACAUUUCAGAGUUGUUUGCGUCCUGUCGGCUUUCUUUUAUGUGGUGAGCGUACAGUAGGUUAACGCAUUAGGAAAAUGUACAAAAUUUAUACUAAUCGUGUCAACAGCAUGGGUGGUCGGGCACACUUUCUCAUAUACACAUAAACACACACACACACACUGGCUCCUGCGGUGUGUAGGAAAACACAUGAUCACUUAGUGGCACUUACUUACUGUACACUGUGCAGUACCUCCCAGUUCUGUUGUUAACUGAUCAAUACACACACACACACAUGCUUUUCUAGGGGUGUGCAGGGCAGACACAGCCAGCAGCGAAGGUGUUUAAAGGGAUUGCGUUGGCGAGGAGGGCAGGACGAGACGUGGAGAGCAGGUCGACGAGGAAAGAGGAGGAGAUGAUAUUCACGGUCGGGUCAUUUAAUUUUAAGGUACAAGAUAUUUGAGUAAGUGACAUCUUACCUGCAAGAAACUGCACUCACACUCUGCUGUUUUUGCACUAUAUGUAUUGUACAUUGAUUUUGUCACUGUGAUUAUAUUGUCACCUCCUCCUCCCUCCUCCUUCCAGGCCAGGACUAAUAACCAAACACUAUACAAACACUUACACCGACUCUUGAGUAUAAAGUUAAUAAUGUACCUGUCAAAUAGAUGUGCCGAUGGAUGGAUUUAAUCCAAUCCUGUGUGAGAUCACAACAGCAAAAAAAAAUUCAUCAUUUUAAACCAGUUCAGUUUUUUUCAGGGGGGGAGAAAGGAAAAGAGAAGCCCGACCUUGAAGACCCAGUAAGAGGCUUUUAGACUUUUAGCAGUAUUAUGAAAAAGAAAUAAAAAUGAUCACCAAGUUG